CCAAUGAAAACACAGCAUUUAAAAUCAGAAUAUUACAUCAGACCAAUAAAAACAUUUAAUACAGAAAUGUGGGAUUAAUGAGAAGUAUGUUUAAUACCUGCUGAAAGGUUGUUAUUUUCUAAAGGUUCUAAUCUGACAAACGGGCCUGAUCAGAACCAGAUUCUAAUGUGUUAAAUAUGACUGUAUAUAUAUGUUAGAAUGGUAAAUGGACUGAAUUUAUAUAGAACUGUUCUACUCAUACCGACCACUCAAAGCUCUUUACACCAGAACCACGUUCACCCAGUCACACUCACUAACUCACACAUUCAUUCAGCGACACGCAGAUCGGUAGCAACCUGGGGUUAAGUGCCUUGCUCAGAGGCACAUUGACAUGAGGAAGCUGGAAUCAAACCCACAACUCUCAGGUUUCCAGAUGACUGGUCUACCUACUGGACCACAGUUAACCCCAAGAACAGGUCAAAGGUCCUCCAGUGACGAUAUCUACUGUUUACUGUAUGUUCACCUGACCUCCAUCUGGCCCGGCAGGCCCAGCAGAGAGAAACCAACAUCAGAACCAUGAAGAUUGUGGAGAAGAAGUCUCACUUUAACAUCAGCUGUAGGUGUUUGUCUGGUUCUGCUGCAUUUCUGGGUCAAACAUGUUUUCUUCAUUCAGUGAAGUAACUGGAGGUGGGGAGAGGAACCAGAAAUGUUCUCCAGUAAGAGUAGCGUUCCUUCAGAAUAAUAACCUCUGGUGGAGCUGCCAUGAGUUAGUGUUUGAUGUGAAGGUGGAUCCAGUGUCUGCAGAUGAGAAGGUAGUGAAGCCCGUGGUGAGCGUGUACCCAGCAGCAUCCAGAGCCCACCUGGAGGGGAAGAGCUCCCUGCUGUGUCUGGCCUCAGACAUGUUUCCUCCUCUGGUCCAGAUCUCCUGGAAAAGACAGAAGAAGGACGGUGAUCUGGAGGAUCUGCCCCCUGCUGAGGGAGAGCAGCUGGAGCUCAGAGAGUCGGGUCGUACCGCCUCCAUCUUACUGGUCCAUCGGCAGGAGAACGGCUCAUCUAAAUACAGCUGCUCUGUCCAGCAUGAGGGAGGCAGAGUGGAGGCCCAAACACUACAAGAGCUUCCAGCUCCAGCAGCCUCCUGUCCUCCAGAGAGACCAGACCUGGCAGCUCUGCAGCAAGCUGACUUGUCCUUCCAGUCUCAGUGCAGGGUGAAGCUGCUCUGCCUGCUCUACACGGUGCUGAUAGUGAAGAGUCUGGUGUACUGCUGUGGACUCUCUCUGCUGAUGAUGCUCAGAACCAAGGGACCGUCCACCAUCUGAACACCUGCUGACUCACUGUUUUCUCUCCAACUUUUCUUCCUCUCAUCGUUGUUUUGCUGCAGUUUAGUCGGCUUUAAAACUUUGUGGUUGGUUGCAGAAAAGAUGAUGACAUGUUUCUGUCAUGCAGUGUCAUUUCUAACAUCUAUUUCCUUUCAUUGUUUGUCUGAGCUUGUAAUUGCUCCCUGCUGAACUGUAUUAUUUAAUGACCUAAUUAUUAAUCCUCACUGAAAAUGAUUUAUUCAUGUUUAAUUUAAUGUGAGAUAAACAUCACUUCUGAGCUCCUUCACAUUUAUAAAGUAAGAUUUUCUUAACAAAUUGAACAAACAGCAGAACCAGCUGCUUUUAAAGAAUCAGAAUCAUUUCCAGCAGAGUUUUGACUUUAACAAAAGUUUUGUUUUGAACAGAUUUUUCCCAGAAGAGUCGGCUGUUUUGCCCAAAAGAAACCACAUUUAUUUUGCAACUAAAUUAUGAAAUAGAAAAAGAUUCUUUGAGAAAACUUUAUCUUGCUUUCUUUUGUAAUUUUUGUGUUUCUAAGGUGCAAAUCCUAUGAUUUGGUCUAAAUGUUCUUGUUAUUUCUGCAGCAUGUAAUGUUUUAUUUUACUUGGUUUUAUAAGUCAGUUGGAUUUAGGAGAACACUGAGAAUAAAUGAUGAUGGUUCUCU